CGCUCUUCUUAAUAGUCACAAAAUGUGACCUUUUUUUCUGUCCCCAACUCACGUGACUCCUGGGGGCGGGGCUUGUGUAGUGACCACUUCUGAGCUCACGUGACAAGUCACAACAAUGAUGGCGGCCUCGAGGACUCCGUGCGACGUUUUACUCUUUUUGCUCUUUUCGACCAUUUUGUGGAUGUGUGCAGAGUUCUCCAGAAACCUGUCGGUGGAGUUGAACCCGGGCUCGUCGACCCCGCCUCCAGGUGGCGACCUCGUGCACGUGAGAGCCGUGGGAGACAAUGACACGCUGCACUUCCUCUUCUGCAGUCAGGGGGCGCCCGCGCUGCUGCUGGUCCACACCGACGUCACUUCCUCGGACGUCUCGGUCAACUGGCCGCUCUUCUUGAGCCGCAACACCAGCGGCAGUCUGCGGGUGGAGCCGGCGAACAGCAUCAUGUCCAGCACGGCCCUCGUCUUCAGCCGGCUGUUGGAAUACGACGACGUCAACGACACAGCGGAAGCGCCCUUUGACCUUUUCCCGCCAUACCAGCUGCAUGAUGUCACGUGGUCUCGUAUGGAACUUUCGGGGGCGGCGGCCCGACUGUGCGGCGCUGUGGCCCAAGGGUCCAUUUGUCUGCACAUGUGGGUGUUUGCGGGGGAGGGGCGUGAUGAGAGCUGGCCCCGCCUCCUCCACACGGCAAACUCCUCCCAGGUGGCCGUGCGGCUCGACGGCCUGGCGGCAAGGUCGCAGAGGUCGCGUUUCCUGUUGGAGCUGCAGACGCUGGGUGGAGCCUACCCCCUCGACGCCGUUCGGGUUCGGCGCUCCAUCGACGACGAGUUCACGCCGUCCAUCUUUAAGGUGUCCGAGUGGACGUCCGGAGCGAACGAGAGUUCGGAAGAUGGGGGCGCUUUCAUCCUUUGGAAGCAGGUCGCGUAUCGGCGUUCGCCGCCGGCGCUGGAGGACGCGUCGCCGUGCCGCCACUCGGACCCGCGGCGGCGGAGCGGCCGGGCGCUGGCGGAGGUCAGCGGCCUCGUGCGAGCCUUCUUCGCCGACGAGGAGGAGCGGGCCUUCGGACUCAACGUGAGCUUCGGCCUGGCGGGGGAACCUUUCUACAACGCCACCAAGUUCCUCAGCUGGACCGCCCUGGUCGGCGUCGGCCUAGCCCCCGCCGACGCCUUCUCCCCGCUGGUGGCCGCCAUCGUGGCGGUCGGUCUCGGCGCCCCGCUCGUUAUCCUGCUGAUGGGCGGAGUCUAUGCGUGCCUCCGGAAGAGGCCGACGGCUUCGACGAGCAGCUACGAGCCGAUUAACUGACGGACGCCGGGCACCCGAUCAAAUCGCAGAGACUCUUUUAAGGCGCUUUUAAAGCCACUCGAUUUAAUCUUUGAUUGUUUUUAUGAUGUUCCAUUUCUAAUGCUCCACAGUUUUUUAUACAAAUGAAAUGAUCACGUUGAUCCACAACAAACGAUGUGUAACCCGUGAACGUUGUGUGUCGAACGUCCCACGAUGGCCUUCAUCGAGCUUUUCGUGUUUGUCAACAAAAAAGGGGGUGCACCCUUCUGAGUGGCUGCAACAGUUCAACUCGUAACCAUGUAAAAAAAAAAAGAAAAUGGUGUUAUUCCCCAAAAGUUGAGUCGUUUUUUACCCCCAGUUCCGUCAAAAAAAAAACAAUGAAAAUUGAGGAUAAACAGAGUGGAUGUUGUACAGGGAAGAUCCGAGAAGACAUCGCCGCUUGUGAAGCGGCAGACUGCAAAGCAAACGUCCGCCAUCGGGUUUGUGGGGAAAAAAGUUGAAAAUGUGUGCUUAGCUUGUCCGAGUCAUUCAAGCCAAACUUCUGGACGGCUCGCCUGCUUGCAGCGCGCCGUCCGUUUGAGCGCCGAGCGAGCAGGUCUGCGACGUCAAUCCGAGGAACAGAAAGGUCCGUUCGUUAGCCGCCCCUCAGUGAUCAAGUUAACCACAUCCCAAUUCCCACAACGUCAGUGUUUGAGCCAACUUGCAGGUUGAAACUAAUUACGGGCAGCCGGCCUUCCGACUGACGCGUCACUCGGGCGCUGGAGAAGACUAAAAUCAUCAAUUCUGUGGUUC